AUGGAGCGUUUGAUGCUUGAGAUUCUUGCCAAUGAGGUGAAACAUGGGAAUAGGCCUAACAAUAGCUUUGAAUCAAGUUCAUUUACACGUGUGGUAGACGCCAUGAAAGAUAAGUUUGGGAGUCUAGUAUCAAAGAAGGCAAAGCAUGCACUUGAAAAAAGCAUGCAACAGUUUUGUCGACUGAAUUUACCCUCAAAAGAGUGCAUAAUAGUAGGAGAUUUGGGAUGUGCAUCAGGGCCAAAUACUUUGGCUUCCGUCAAGGAGAUUAUAGAGCUCAUUGACAGUGAAUCCCGUAACAUGAAUUAUGGGCUACCCUACAUUCAAGUUUUCUUGAAUGAUCUUGAGUCCAAUGAUUUCAACUCCAUUUUCAAGUCAUUGCCACUGUUUUAUGAUAAUCUUGAGAAAUAUGGGCGUCAAUCAGGAUCAUGCUUCAUUGCUACUAUGCCUGGCUCCUUCUAUGGUAGACUUUUUCCAGACCAUUCCAUCCAUUUUAUACAUUCAUCUUUUAGUCUCCACUGGCUCUCUCAGGUUCCUUGGGGAUUAGUGAAUGAGAAGGGCUUGCCAAUCAACAAAGGAAAUAUUCACAUAGGGAAGACAAGUCCUCCCGAAGUCCGUCGUGCAUAUCUGGACAAAUUCGCCAAUGAUUUUACCAACUUUCUGAGGAUGCGUUCCAUAGAACUGAUGCCAAAUGGACGGUUAUUUCUUACCAUGCUAUCGGAUAAUCAUCAUCGGCAUGAUGCUUACAACGCCCUUGACUUACUUGCAAUGACUCUGAAUGACAUACAUGGUUAUAGAGAGCAAGAAUUAAGGCACAUAAUCGAGAAAGAAGGUUCCUUUAAAAUAAGCCAUCUCGAAACCAUCAAAGUACUGGUGGGUGAUGCGUUCGGGAAUCAUGCAUGGUCAUUAUCAAGGGGCUUUAGAGCUGUGUAUGAAUCCAUGAUUGUAACUUAUUUUGGCGAUUCCAUUGUGGGCGAUUUCUUCAACAGAAUUCAUGCAUUUUACACUAUGGAGAAGUCAUUUCUAGACGAUAUCAAGCAGCCUAAGGAUUAA